CUGACCCGUACAAAACCUUGUAUAUAUAUUUUUCAUGUUACCAAACGUUUGAAACAUCUCAUAAUUAUUCUGUGUUGUACCCUCAGCUCCUCCUCCUCUGUGUUUCUAUAACAAGCUAGACACAUAAAUGGAUAAGCGUCCCCGGAACAAGGCAAAGUCGACCUCCACAAACUCCUCUACAACAUCAGAAGAAGUGAGCAGCAAUGAGUGGGAAUUCAUUGAAAUGAGCGAGGAAGAGGAAGACCUCAUACGCAGGAUGUACGGGCUAGUCGGAGAUAGGUGGCAUUUGAUAGCAGGUCGCAUUCCAGGUCGAAAAGCCGAAGAAAUUGAGAGAUUCUGGAUCAUGAAACACGGAGAUGCUUUUUCUUCUAAAAGAUCAAGUUAAUGUAAAGCCAAAGACUCAUCGUGAUCGAAUUCAUUUCUGUCUUCAAUUAUCUAAUUUCCUGGCCUGGUAUAUAAACUUUGUUUUGGUUUAGUUUUUUUAGAAGAAUCUGCUAUUGUAUUCCUUCGUGUUGAAUGUACGUACGCACUUUCAUUCA